AUAUAUGUUGUCACUAGAUGACAGUAACCUCCGUCACCCGUGGUCGCAAGGCGCAUCAACAAAAGUUCAACCGAAGUUAACCUCUCACACCUUUCAAACUCGACGUGGUUAACAAAUCCUCUGUCGAGAAAUCAUUUUUCCACCAGAGAGUGUCAGACAUCCUUGAGAAAUGUCGACGGACUUCUACAUCAGGUACUACGUUGGACACAAAGGUAAAUUUGGCCACGAGUUCCUCGAAUUUGAGUUUCGUCCAGACGGCAAGCUUCGGUAUGCCAACAACUCCAAUUACAAGAACGACACGAUGAUCAGGAAGGAGGCGUAUGUUCAUCAGUGUGUAAUGGAGGAGCUGAAGAGAAUCAUCCAGGACUCGGAGAUAAUGCAGGAGGAUGACGCCCUGUGGCCACAGCCAGAUAGAGUUGGCAGGCAGGAGCUGGAGAUUGUUAUCGGGGACGAGCACAUCUCCUUCACCACAUCCAAGACAGGAUCCCUGCUGGAUGUCAAUCAGUCCAGGGACCCAGAGGGCUUGAGAUGCUUCUAUUACCUCGUGCAGGAUCUCAAGUGUCUAGUAUUUUCGUUAAUUGGACUGCAUUUCAAGAUUAAACCCAUAUAGAUAGAAUUGGUUUUUAUUUCUCAAUGUAAACAACCCCUGAUUUUCAGUCUCUUUCUCUUACGAUUAUUCCAUGUUCUUCGGUUUGCGUGGUGUAUUGACCUAUCAUUUCAGACUUGUACUUUUUUUAUUCAUGAAGGAUGUCGAGGAUAAUAAAUGAUUUUGAGUUGGAA